AUGUUGAAUAGCGUAUCGCCAAAUAACACUCUCCCACCUCCUAAGCUGGAUAUGAAAGAGUAUCUUCAUGCCGUUGAAAACCGUAUGGAUCAACAAGAAUUAUUCAAGCACUUUACAAUUCUUGUUGACAAUAUCAAGUCUUCUAAAGCACCAGGAAGCGCGCGCGCAGUUGAACCCACUCCUUCUAGUAACCCUACUGGUUCCAAAUGGACAUGGGCAGCCAUUAAAGAAAACAUUAAGCAUGCCUUGAACAUAAACGAUACUACUGUCGGUGCAUUGAGGGACAUUGUCUCUUUACCCAUCGGCCAACAAAUAACGUUACUAAAGGCUGUUACUGAAAGAAUCCUUAGCAGCAACUUUCCUGUGAAUGAUAGAAACAAUACAUUCGAAGCUGUCAUGGAAAUUUUGGGAAAGCUUGGCCCUGAGUACAGUGAAUUGAACACUGUAGUGACACAACCACUAAUCGCUACCUUUUAUAAUGAUUUGCCCAAACCUUAUAUCAACUAUGUCGGUCAUCAGUUUCGUACUGCAGAUGGUUCUCAAAACAGCUUGAUUUACCCCGAAGUGGGUCGAGCAGGUUCCAACUAUGUUAGGACUGUUACAAGCAGCUCUUUUAAUAAUGAAAGGCUUCCACCUGCUAAAGAGGUCUUUGACAGACUCAUGAGAAGACCUGAUGGUACCUUUAGCCCGCAUAAAGGAGGUGUCAACAUGCUUCUGUUUUACUUGGCUAUCCUCAUUACACAUGACUUAUUCUCUACUGAUCCCAAGAACCCACAACGCAACUUGACAACCAGUUAUCUGGACCUCUCCCCACUCUAUGGUAAUAACCGUGAACAACAAUUAUCUGUUCGUGAAAUGAAGGGUGGUCUCUUGAAGCCUGAUCAGUGGUACGAUAAGCGUCUCGUCGUUCAGCCUUCUGGUGUCGCUGCUCUUAUGGUCGUAUUUUCUCGUAACCACAAUUACAUUGCAAAGAAAUUACUAGAGAUAAACGAAAACGGACGCUUCUCAUACGGACCUGGAAAGUCUAUUGCUACUGAGGAGGAACAAGAUGAGGCGCUGUUCCAAACUGCUCGCUUGAUCAACAACGGAUGCUAUGCCAAUGUGAUUAUCCAUGAUUACAUCAGAACUAUUAUUGGAACAACUGCUGAUUCAGAUUUCGUAUUGGAUCCUUUUGCUACUCCAAGCAACCCAAUCUAUGGUAAUGCUGUAUCUAUUGAAUUCAACAUCAUUUAUAGAUGGCACGCUGCUGUGGGUGAAAAGGAUGCUGCAUGGCUCAAGGAGGUCAUGGAGGUUAUUAGUGACUGCAGAAAGGGCACAUACAAGCAAUGCCCUGUGCCAACCUUAACUUCCAAAGCACACUCUGACAACGAAAGUAUGUUUGACAUCAUCUUCAAAUGCUUCAAUGAUCACUUUGUACAUGCCUCAGAAGAAGAACUGGAAAAAGGUUUACCGAUUGCUGGCACUCAUCGUAAUCUUGAUACUGGAUCCUUCCCUGAUGUUGAUAUCAUAAAAGCCAUUAGAUCUGGAUUUGAACAAUCUGCUUCAGAAGUUGGAAAUGGUCAAAAUACACCUUCUGCUUUCGAAAUGAUUGAAAUCGCUGGUAUUAACCAAUCUCGCGCUUUGGGAACCUGCUACUUUAACGAAUUCAGAAAGUUCUUAAACUUGAUGCCCUUGAACGAGUUUUCCGACUUUUCAGAAAAGCCUAGUGUUCAAAAGGCAUUGAAAGAAAUGUAUGGAACAGUUGAUAAUGUAGAACUUUAUGCUGGUUUAAUGGUCGAGCGCUCCAAGCCUAUUGGUCUUCGUUUGCCUUAUACAAUGGGAAGAGCCAUCUUGAGUGAUGCUGUUAACUUGUUACGUAAUGAUCGUAUACUCACAAAGGAAAUGACACCUAUUACCUUGACCAACUGGGGCUUCAAAUAUAUUCGCGGUGAACCUGAUCAAAAUAACCGUGUCUUCCCUAGAAUGCUGAGAGAACUGUUCCCUGAUUCAGCCGGAACCGGGUUCACUGACCAUGAACUCAAGACAUUAUUCAACGUUCCCAAUGCUCCCAAUGUAAAAAGCAACAAAAAACAAUAA